AUGAGAUUCCAUCUGCUCCUCCAUACUCUCCUCUUCCUUUUGGCCCUCUUACCUCCAGUUAGAAGUGGCUUUGGUGCUUCUGAGAAACACUGUCUCCAUCUGGAGGGCAUUUGCAGACGAGACGUUUGCAAAGUCAUAGAAGAUGAAAUCGGUGCUUGCCGAAGAAAAUGGAAAUGCUGCAGGAUGUGGUGGGUUCUCGUACCGAUCCCGACACCAAUUAUCUUUUCAGACUACCAAGAACCCCUCAAGAGCAAGAUCAAAUAA